AGAUGAAUUGUAAUUCACAGGAUAUUCUCAUGUGCAGACCCAAGCAAGGAGAUGGAAGCGAAACGCAUAGGCUAACGGCUGGCAUUCGUUCCUACUCGGCUUGGGGCCAGCUGCCGUUGCAGGCAUUUGCAGGCGUUUUCGGAGACAGGGGCAAUUUGUGACUUUAGGGACUACCAUGUUAUGCUUUUAGAUGAAGUUUCUAUCG